GCAGCAGUGGACUUGGAUUUGUGUUCGAGCAGUGUCCAAGAUGCGUUCGUUAUUGCUGUGGAACAACAAGCGCGGGAGCGACUCGAGAGGCUCUCGGCUCUCAAACGGGUUACUCCCGUCGACAUGACCAAACUUUCACAACAGCUAAAUCAGCAAACGACAACAAGCGAAGACUUGAACGGUUUUUUAAGCAACUCCCCAAUAUACGUGACAUCUUUGACCGCCACCGAACCUUUAAACAACAACCCCACCGUAAGCAAACCAAGCAGCGGAGCGAUAACGACGGCGGUAGUCUCAUCAAAAGAAUCAAUCACAACAUCAAAAUUAUUGCCUCCGAAUCAAACGAACGGACAUAAAUCUAGUGAUAUUAUUUUAACUCAGCAAUUUGGAGAUAAUUUAGAUUUAAGUAAAGUGCCAAAUGAUGUUAGAGUAACGACCGCGGAGAGGGGUAAACCGGUAACGUUAUCAAAUCAAAAUAGUAAGGACCCCCCGCCUCAAUCGUUAGAUAUAAGAACAUUAGGUGAUAGAAGAUCGUCCUCGCCGUUUCAAAAUGGCCGAACGGAAGUGCUUAUAGGAGCGGAAGACAAUAAGCUCAAAACUACCGCUAUUGUUGAAAGCAAUAAUAAUAAAUUGGCAAUCGAUCCUGAAAUUCGGUAAGUGACUUUUUUGUUACCUUUUGAUUUGAAUCAGC